AUGGCUCCUUCCACCACAGCCACUCCUGGUGACUCCACCAACACUGCGGCUCCUGAUGCUUCAACGACGACCACCCCUGGCUACCCCAUUCCUACUCCGGCUAACACUUUUCCUGGUGCUACUACACCUGGCGACUUCACCACCUCCGCGGCUCCUGGGGCUUCCAACACAGCUACCCCUAGCACCAUCUCGUCUGCUCCUGGCACCACUUCGCCCUCUUGCAAAAUCCCCAAGAACGAAGGCCCUGUACCCACCAACCCUCCUGCUGACAAGUGCACUAACGUGUCUGUCGUUGGCGAUGCCACGUAUUGCAUUGUUGGCCCUAUCUGCAGUGGGUCUGGCAGCCUACCCAGUGGUAUCAACUGCCCCAAGAAGGGCGAUGUCGCAGUGAACUACUGCCACAAGCAUUUCAAGUCCUACGCCGACAAUCACCAUCUAUGCGUCGCACCUGUGGAUGCCUCGUGUGUCAAGAUCCCAUCGGGCGCUUGGGAAUGCGACUGGGGCGGUGUCGGAUGCACAACUACCCCAGCUCCUUAUACUGGUACCCCUGCUGAUACCACCAAGGCCCCUGUCAUCACGAUCACGGCUACCCCUGGCUACCCCACUCCUACCCCGGCUAACACUGUUCCUGGUGCUACCACGACAACGUCUUCUUCCACCACAGCCACUCCUGGCGACUCCACCACGAACCCAGUGACCAUCACCUCCACUCCAGUGUCCAUCACCUCUACUCCAGUGACCACCACGGCCACUCCAGAGACCACCACGGCCACUCCUGUGACCUCCACGUCCACUCCAGUGACCACCACGUCCACUCCAGUGACCACCACAGCCACUCCUGAGACCACCACGGCCACUCCAGUGACCACCACGGCUACCCCUGGAUACACCACCACGAUCCCAGUGACCACCACCUCUUCCCCAGUGACCCUCACCUCUUCCCCAGUGACCACCACGUAUACUCCAGUGGCCACCACCACCAAAGUGCCUGUCACUACGACCAAGAUGCCGGCCACCCCCACGACUACUCGUGCGACCACCGUCCGUCCUACCCACAAGCCCACUAACACUCCUUGCACCACCACGGCUGCUCCUUGCACCACCACGGCUGCUCCUUGCACCACCACGGCUGCUCCUUGCACCACCACGGCUGCUCCUUGCACCACCACGGCGGCCCCUGGCUACCCCACCCAGGCCCCAUAA